GCAGACAGCAGACACCAGGACCCAGAUGAAGAGGGCCCACCGUGAGCAGCAGGGACAGAGUGAGUGACCAGGCUGCAGGAGGAUCGGAUACUACCCACCACAAUGAUGAUGCUGCCCUUCAUCUGGAUGCUGCUGGUCCUCUCUGACCACGGCCACAGCCAGCAGCCGGCAGCUCUGGAAAUCAGCAAAGGGGUGGACUGGCUGACACGUUACGGGUACAUGCCCCGUCCCGACCUCCUCACCUCACAGCUGCAGACGCUCCAGAGCCUGACGGCCGCCAUCAAAUCCAUGCAGAGGUUCGCCGGCAUUCCGGAGACGGGAGAACUCGACAAGGUGACACUGGACAUGAUGAAGAAGCCACGGUGUUCGCUGCCCGACAUCAUCGGCACGUCGGAGAUGAUGAGGAGGAGGCGGAGGAGGAAGCGUUAUGCGCUGGCCGGCAGCGUGUGGAAGAAGAAGGUGAUCACCUGGAGGGUCGUCAGGUAUUCGAUGUCAACUCGCCUGUAUGGGGUGGAUAUUGACAAUCUUCUUAGCGAGGCCUUCCAGGUAUGGAGUCGGGUGUCGCCACUGGAGUUCCGGCGCGGGGACGACGAGGCAGACAUCGUCAUUGACUUCGGCAAGUCCCAGCAUGGCGACGGGUACCCGUUCGACGGACCUGGGGGCACCCUGGCACACGCCUUCUUCCCCGGAGAACACCACCUGGCCGGCGAUACCCACUUCGAUGACGACGAGUUGUGGACCUACAACGAGCCAGACGGGAUGGACCUGGCGACAGUCGCAGUCCACGAGUUUGGCCACGCCAUCGGCCUGGCGCACUCCUCCGCGGGAGACUCCAUCAUGCAGCCCUACUACCAGGGGUCCAUCGGCGAGCUACGGCGCUACCGGCUCCCUCUGGACGACGUGUACGGCAUCGAGCAACUGUACGGGAGACGGAAGGAACAGCCGGGAUCGAAUCCUAAAGACGAGCCGGCUUUGAAUCCCAGCAUCCCUGAGGUGCCUCUACCACGUCCCAGCUCCAAGCCUGACCAUAGUUUCCCUGAUCGCUGCACCGUUGCCUUUGACGCCGUCGCCAACAUUCGAGGUGAAACUUUCUUUUUCAAAGACCAUUACUUCUGGCGAAUGCAGCGAGCUGGGAAUCUCGUCUCCCUGAACCCGGCACAGAUCAAUAACUUCUGGAAGGGGCUGCCGGCUGACCUGAAGAAGGUCGACAGUGUCUACGAGAGGAUGACGGACCACAAGAUAAUCUUCUUCAUCGGGGCCCAGUACUGGGUCUUCACCAACACAGAGGUGGAGCAGGGCUAUCCCCGGCCCAUUAGGGAAUUUGGGCUGCAUCUAGACAGCGUGGAUGCGGCCUUCAUCUGGGCCCACAACGGCAAGACCUACUUCUUCAAGGGCGACGAGUUCUGGAGGUUCGAUGAGCGGCGGAGGAAGAUGGACCUGGGAUACCCCAAGAAAGUGGGUCUGUGGAAGGGAGUCCCCCCAAACCUGGAUGGUGUCAUGGGCCACGACAAUGGUGACACGUACUUCUUCAAAGGGACGUCCUACUGGAAGAUGAGGGGUGGUGAGAUCGAGGUUGUGUCACGGGCUUCGACGGCAAGGGACUGGAUGCACUGCAACGUGCCGCCGGAAGCCCCAAGGGGUCAUGACCCCGACCCAGAGGGCUGCAGCUGCAUGAAGGGCCGCAAUGCAGGCCUGGCCCUGGGCCCUGCGGCACUCUGCAUUCUCGCUGCACUGCUGGCCCACCUCUGCAUCACGCAGCUACUCACGGACUUAACCCCCCCGACCCUGCUGCAUCUCUCUCUCCAGCCGCUACCUCUCACAUCGGGCCACGCUUCCUCACCAGUGUUUCAACGGCACCUGCAGCAAGCUCAGGAUAAUGGAAUACUUACGUACAGCUCAGUGUAAACCAGCAGCUGCAGCUGCAGUUCCUUCCUGACCAGAACUGCAGAUGCUGGUUUAAACCGAAGAAAGAUACAAAAUGCUGGAGCAACUCAGCGGGACAGGCAGCAUCUCUGGAGAGAAAGAAUCCGAUCUAUUCCUCUCAUGAUUUUGUACACCUCUGUAAGAUCACCCCUCAUCCUCCUGCGCUCCAGGGAAUAGCUCAGGCCCUUGAGUCCUGGCAACAUCCUUGACAAUCUUCACUGUACCCUUAAGAUAGGUACAAAAUGCUGGACAAUAGACAUUCGGUGCAAGAGUAGGCCAUUCGGCCCUUCGAGCCAGCACUGCCAUUCAACGUGAUCAUGGCUGAUCAUCCCCAAUCAGUACCCCGUUCCUGCCUUCUCCCCACAUCCCCAAUCUUUAAGAGCCUGAUCUAGCUCUCUUGGCUCUCUCUUGAAAGUAUCCAGAGAACCACAUUUUGUGUCUGCCUCCACCGCCCUCUGAGGCAGAGAAUUCCACAGACUCACCACUAUCUCUGUGAGUUACUCAGCGGGCCAGACACCAUCUCUCAACCCAAAAUGUCACCCAUUCCUUCUAGCCAGAGAUGCUGCCUGGUCCGCUGAGUUACUCCAGCAUUUUGUGUCUAUCUUCAGUGUAAGGCAGCAUCUGCAGUUCCUUCCUACACAUUUCUUUGCACUCUUUCCAACUUGACGACAUCAUUUCCUACCACACGGUGCACAGAACUGAACACAAUACUCUACAAAUGCGGCCUCACCAACGUCUUAUGCAACUGCAACAUGACCUCAGACCCUCUGUACUGUGUGUGCGUGCGCGUGUGCGUGCGUGCGUGCAUGUGUGUGUGCGCGCGUGUGUGCGUGCUUGUGCGUGCAUGUGUGUGUGUGUGUGCGUGCGUGUGCGUGUGUGCGUAUGUGUGCGCGUGUGUGUGUGUGUGUGUGUGUGUGUGAACCUACGUGAAUUAGAGAGUCUGCGAGUCAAUGUACAAAUUGUAUUUGUAAGUAUGCAGUUUUCCAAUGCACCGUUUGAAAUGUAACGUGUAUAACAAGAGUAAAGAGUGCUGAAGGACCUGCUCCGAGGCUGUACAACUCC